AUGACAAUGGAGGUGCUCCCCAAGGGCCUGGAGGUAGACGAGAGGUCUCCAGAGUCCAAGGACCUGCUGCCCAGCCAGACGGCCAGUUCCCUGUGCAUCAGUUCCAGAAGUGAGUCUGUCUGGACCACCACCCCUAGAAGCAACUGGGAGAUCUACCACAAGCCCAUCAUCAUCAUGUCAGUGGGCGCGGCCAUCCUGCUCUUCGGCGUGGCCAUCACCUGCGUGGCCUACAUCUUGGCAGAGGAUCAAAAGGUUGUGCAAGUCCUCAGGAUGAUAGGGCCUGCCUUCCUGUCCUUGGGACUCAUGAUGCUGGUGUGUGGGCUGGUGUGGGUCCCCAUCAUCAAAAAGAAGCAGAAGCAAAGGCAGAAGUCCAACUUCUUCCAAAGCCUCAAGUUCUUCCUCCUGAACCGCUGA